GGGUAUUAUUGUCAGACGUAGAAGAGACCGGGGCAAGUUGUCACAGAAAUGUAACGUAUGUAAUUGUACGGUUUCGCUUUUUUCUUUAGCUCUGGGAGUGUUGGUUUAAAAUGGUUAUUUUGCAGGCAUCCCUUACUCGUGACACGAUGCACUGACACUACAGAAAACAGUUGUGUAAUUUUGGAAAGACGUCAGUGAUGAUGCUUCAAAGGUUUUGUUCACGGGCUGCACGAUGGAGAUACACCUCUGCCCCAUUUCAGACUGUUUUUAGGAAACAUGUGGUGUGUUUCAGAUUUCUGGUGGCCGGCUCUGUUUCUUCUGCACAUGUCUUAACUCGACCCAUCAGCACCAGCUGGAGCUUCCGGAAAGAUGAAGCAGACAGUGUUCCUGCUGAAAAGCUUGAUCUGGAUAUCUGGAAAUCCAUGAUGAAAUCUCAGGCGCUGCAUGAGGAGAGAAACGGCGAGGAGAAUUUAACUCCACGCGCCGAGGCAGAGCCGUCUCUGAUGGACGCCAAUCGAGAGCUGGUGGAGAUGUGGCAUCACGCUGGAAAGAUGGUCCCGAAGAACAUCACAGAUGAGCAGCUGGAGCAUCUCUCUGGACUGACCACGAAGUCCGCUAAAAAGAAGUUCCUCAAGUUCUUGGCCAUCAAGGAACGGCACAAGGUCGCCAAGAAGGAGAAGAAGGAAGAAAAGAAAUUGGAGAAGAAAGCGGAGGUUGAUGAUGAAUGUGAAAAAGAUGUUGGAGAUGCCCUGAAGAACACAUUCCUGUUGAGGUUCUGGAGCCGCUCUAUGGACACACUUCUAAACUGGAGGGGGGCGCAGACCAUGCGCUUCGGACAGCCGUUGGUGUAUGACAUGAGCUACGAUCAGCACAUGACACGGAGAGAGAUAGAAAACACGGUUUCACAGCUGAUGGAGACGGAGGGAUGGAACCGUAGAUCCGGCGACCCCUUUCACCUGCAUUUCUGUAACCUGCAGCCCAACGGAACCUAUUACAAAGAACUCCUUAAACGCUACGGAACGGAGACCUGGGAACGUCUGUUCAUCACAGCCACAGCUCGCCAACACGUGGAGAUGUUUCCUCACGAGAGCAUCGUCUACCUCACGGCCGAUUCUCCAAAUGUCCUGCAUCGCUUUGAUCACAGUAAAGUGUAUGUCGUGGGUGCCAUGGUGGACCGCUCAAUACAUACAGGUGUGUCUUUGGCCAACGCGAAACGCCUCAGACUGGCCACCGCUCGCCUUCCUCUCGACGAAUACCUGGACUGGGACUCGGGUGCGAAGAACUUGACCCUGGAUCAGAUGAUCCGCAUUCUGACCACCAUUAAAGAAACAGGGAGUUGGCAGAAAGCUUUAGAGUUUGUGCCUAAAAGGAAACACAGUGGCUUUUGUCAGCACAGAAGCGCACAGCCGAGAUAUAGGACGCUGGUGAACGGAGAUGAAAACAGGGAGAGAGAAAGAGACAGAAUAUUUGUGAGUAAACGGAGAAGGCCAUCGAGUGAUUAUAGCUGUAAAGAAUCUGUCCGUGUGUCCAGUGAUGCCAGUAAAGGUCAGACGGUGAUGAGAAAUAAAACGGACGGACAGAAAAUUAACAAAGAGAGGAGGAACUGGUGGGUGGAUAAUGAGUAAUACUGUUUUUAAAUCAUUAAUACUGUUAUGUACUUAUUGUGUUCAAUAGAAAUAAAUAAUGUGUUCAGAUGCUUUGUUUCAAAUGUUCAUAUAUUUAAGCUUAAUUCAAAUUAUCACAGAACUGUAAUGUAAUGUUAAACAUCAGCUGUUCCAGGGAUCAUCUUUACAACAAUUAAAAUGCAAUUAAUAAUUUCUAUCACUAUGUAUAAAUAUGUAUUUUUAUCCUUUACAGCUAUUUGAUUUCGAGAAAAAUGGGACAAAUGUGACAAAAUGAACUUGUGAUUUUCUUUUUUCAAAACAAAGAAACAUGUUACGUUUUGUAAGAUAUACUGUAUAUGAAAAAACAUUUUGAUCAUGCCACAAAUUGAGUCGUGUGUAAUAACAGAAAUGUAUACAGUAGACCUGCUCGUCAAUUUUGGACAUUUAAAAAGAA